UCGGACAGUCAAGACACUAAUUUGCUGCUCCUUCGCGUCUCAUACCUCGUCUUCCUUCGCUGCCCCUUCGCCACUGCCUGGCGUCCUGCACCGGCCCUACUGCGCUGUAUUGACUCUCUACAAUCACUUAGGCACAGGUGGCACUUGGAAACCGUGUUCGUCAAAGACGACGACAGUCCCCUUCGCGGCGCAUUUCAGUGAGCAUUCCAGCAAGCCAGCAACAGAUGACGGCAGGAACAGAGCAAUAUCUGCUUCCCGACGAGGUUUGCGUCGUUGAGCUGCGGCUGAAUGACACGAACAGCAAAGACGUGGCGUCGCGGCCGGCGCCUGAAGCCGUCGCAGUGAAGGAGGCGGCAGCGCUUGAGCCUCAGUCAACGGCAGCGUCGCCCAGCGGUGGCGUCGUCAAGCUCGAGGCUGUCAAGUCGCAUGUCACCUGUGCCCUGUGCACCAACCUCAUCGCCUCGUCGCUGGUGCUCUCCUGCGGGCACCAGUACUGCGGCAGCUGCCUGUUCGAUUGGCUGGGCAACAAGCCCUGCUGCCCCAGCUGCCAGGUACCACUGCGCGCAAUCCCGAUGCGCUGCAUCGCGCUGGACAGCAUCGUGGAGGCCUUCCUGUCGUCCCUCACCGACGCUGACCUGGUGGCUUACAAGGCCCGCCAGGAGGAGGGCAAGUCGGCCGCCAACAAGGUCAACAAGAUGUUCUGGUGGCUGCAGCCCUCGGCCAUGCCCGGUGUGCCGGGAGGCGCGGGCUCCGCCGGCUUUGGUGCGGCGCCUGCGCCCGUGCCUCCGCUCCCCAACAUGAUGGGGCCCAAGUCUGGCUCCUUCUCCGGUGCGCCGCUGCCGCAGCAGCUGCCCAACGGCGGCAUGAUGACCGCCGGCCUGAUGGGCGCCACCGGCUACAACAAGGCCCCGCAGUCGCACAGCGGCAUGGGCGGCGGCCGCCGCUCCUCCAACCCCGGUGCGGGGCAGACGCAGCAGCAGGGCUUCCCGCCGCGCGCCGGCCGCUCAAACUCCUUCUCCGCCGGCGGCGCCCAGCACAGCGGCAUGCCCGCGCCUCCGCUGCUGCCCCCCCAGGUCGCGGCCAGCAUCGCCGCCGCCGGCUUCGCCGCGCCGCCGCCCAUGUCCAUGGGCGGCGCCGGCGCGACCGACUUCGAGUCCAAUUACCUGUCCUUCGCCCAAAAGUUCGGCAUGGAGGGUGUCGCGCUGCCGCUGGUGUACCAGCAGCUCCAGCAACAGCAACAACAGCAGCAGCUCCAGCAACAACUGCUGCACGCGUGCGCCUCCGCCGACCUAUCGGGUAUGGAUCUGACCGGCGCAUCGUCGUCGGCCUCGCAGUCAUCGUACACCGACCCUGCGCAGCUGCAGCAGCUGCUUCAGGGCCUGUAUUUUGCGUGAUGUCCUGCUCAGAUAAAUCAGAAGAGGUGUGGCUUAGCCUGAGAGGGAGGCAGCACUGAGUGAGGUGGGCUUGGCAGGCAGAUGGUAUUUGGGCUGUGGCAAGUUGCGAGGUAGUUGUUGGGCGUGCACGUGGGGCUGAGCGCGCCCUUACAGCAGCAGGAAGGGAGGAGGCGUGGAUCCCAGCAGCCUGGGCGCCGGUGCGAUGCGAAAUCGCAAAGCGUUAAUGAACAACAGCAGGUGGGCAGACUGGGGGGGCAGGACACGUGAUUUUACAAACGCAGGUAGUGUGCAUUUGCGCCUAGGAUAGCGGCAGUCGUUUAGGACAAUAGUCUCAGCGCGUGUAGGCAAGGGCACCAAUCGUAUGACGCUGGACGCUGGUGAUGCAGGGCUCUAAGUAGACUUGUGGGUUACAACGGACUGCGCAGCCGGAUGCCAACGCUAACGGUUGGCGCCGAGCGGGGCCUUGCCAACUGACUCCUUGACGCUAUUUCCAUUUCGACCAUUGCAGUAGCUUGCUCUUUUCUUUCUAAUAGUGUGUUAGGUGCAAUGUUUUACAAGUGAUGCAAGGGCACGUGGGCGGCUAGGGGAUGGGCUACGGCAUGUGUUUAGAUGCCGCAUGCAGGCUCCUGCCCUUUGGAAGGAUGCCGUGCUGGGACUGACUACUUUGCUGGCGAGGGGCUGUACCUAAUUUAUCCCUGACAUUCACUUGAGCUGUUAGCAGCCCUAAUGUGGCUGUACGCGAUAAACCUGUAACGAUGGAUUGUG